UGCUAAGUCGUGGUCUGAAGCAGUGAUUGAGCACCUGGUGGGAAGGCAGGGCCAACCCAGGUAAGCCCAGGUGCAUGCAGUGCAUUGAGUGACCAGAAGGGAUGGAGCCAGGAACCACCCCUUCCCAGACCUCAUUCAAGGGUUGACAGUGGACAGGAGGGCAUUUUGCUGGAGGUUCCUAUUUACAUGAUCCCUUCCAAAGGGAAAUGAGAUGCACACUGGGAUGAUCCUGCUCCUACUGCCUGGUUUAUAGGAAAGAAAUACCUUGAGAAAACAUAUGUGAGCUGGCUGGAGAGAGAAUGUUUGGGAGACAGAAGCACUGACUUUCAGGAAGAGAGUAAAACAGCAUUAUGGGAACAAAAAAAGACCUUCUAAAAAUCAGAAUAGCUUCAACAUUGCUCACUCUGCUAAUGGAUUCAUUAUUACAGAGAGAUUGUGAACGGGACAAUGGGACUUUUAUUUCUUCCCUUGGGAGUGAGGCAAGAAAGUGGCUGCUUAAAUCACUAUUGACAUUCAGCAUGUGAAUUCCAGUUUUGAUUUUAUGAAUGGCCUCUAUCAUCACAUCUUGUGCGGACCGUCUCAUGCUCAUUGUGCUGUGGGGUUAGACACACUGUCACCAUCCCUAUAAAUAGCUGCAUUGGUUGCGAAGGGCUAUCAGAGCCUCCUCUGAAAGAAUAGGCCUUUUGACCAGUGGCAUUUUAGGCCACUUUUCUUCAAACUUUCUAGACAAGAUAGCAUGUUUUCCACUCUGUGGAUCCUAGAAAAUGGACAGUAACCAAAGUAUUGAUCUGUGAAAUUCAGGCACCCAGUGAGUGUGAAGAGCACACGGGGAAAACCAAAGUUAGGAGCAAUAGGACAGAGCAUGCUCUCCAGAAGAAGUCUCAGCUGCGGGGCUUGCAAGGAGUAACAAACUGCUAUGCACAGAAAGAGAAGCUCCUUGUGAUCCAUCUGGAAUCUGAGCUGCUGUGCACAACUGCUGCAGUGUUGGACAGGUCUGCUCUGCACCCAAAAAUGCUCAAGUGUACCAGGGGAUGGGCGAAUGGUAUACAUCAUGUAGAAUAAUGGAAUCAAGAUGGGAAGCAUCUGUAGAAGUAAGAACAAACAUUUCCAAAUUUGAAAAUUAAAUCCAAAGAGCAGUGUAGGCUCAGAGUGGGAUGAAGUCCAUAACCCAUCCUGAAAUGAUGCAAGAAGCAGCAAAUUAAAUUCUGCCUUUACAAGCUUCCCUCCACACCAGGGAAUCUGAAAAAAUGGGAUUUUUACAUCUCUCCAGCCAGCACUGAAAACGAAUGGGGAUUGAAUUGCUUUGCCUCUUUUUCCUAUUUCUGCAAAGAAAUAAUUAUGUGCAAGGGACCUGUUCUCAGGAAAGUGGAGUGACUUGUGAAGAUUGUUUGCUUUCCGGACCACACUGUGCUUGGUGCUUCCAAGAGAAUUACACAGACUCAGCUGGAAUUCAUGGGAGGUGUGAUACCCCAGAAAACCUUUUGUCAAAAGGAUGCCAGUUGAAUUUGAUUGAAUUUCCCAUUUCAGAAGUGGAAAUUCACAGAAACAAACCUCUAACUAUAGCAACCCAGAAGGACAAUUCUGAUGUCACACAGAUUUCUCCCCAGAAAUUAACACUCAGGCUGCGACCAGGACAUGAAGAAACAAUCCAGAUCAAGGUUCGGCAAAGUGAAGAUUAUCCAAUUGACCUCUAUUACCUCAUGGAUCUUUCAGCUUCCAUGGAUGAUGACCUGAAUACAAUAAAAGAAUUAGGCUCAACUCUUUCCAAAGAAAUGUCAAAACUGACAAGCAACUUCAGACUGGGUUUUGGAUCUUUUGUUGAAAAACCAGUUUCACCAUUUAUCAAAACUACAGCUGAAGAAAUAAACAACCCUUGCAGAAGUGUGCCAUAUGAGUGCUUGCCCACCUUUGGAUACAAGCAUGUUUUGUCACUGACAAAUGAUGCCGAAAGAUUCAAUGAAAUUGUAAAAGGACAGCGAAUCUCUGCUAACAUAGAUACUCCAGAGGGAGGAUUUGAUGCAAUUAUGCAGGCAGCUGUUUGCAAGGAAAAAAUUGGAUGGAGGAAUGACUCUCUGCAUUUGCUGGUGUUUGUGAGUGAUGCUGAUUCCCAUUUUGGGAUGGACAGCAAGCUAGCAGGAAUUGUUAUUCCUAAUGAUGGGAACUGUCAUUUGGACCACAAUAAUGAAUAUUCCAUGUCAACUAUUCUGGAGUACCCCACAAUUGGACAAUUAAUUGACAAACUUGUGCAAAACAAUGUUUUGGUAAUUUUUGCUGUCACGAAUGAACAAGUUCACACAUACGAGAACUAUGCAAAGCUUAUUCCUGGAGCUACUGUUGGUCGACUGCAGGAGGAUUCCGGAAAUAUUCUCCAGCUGAUCAUUGCUGCGUAUCAGGAGCUGAGGUCCGAAGUAGAGCUGGAGGUCUUUGGGGACACAGAAGGACUUGAUCUCUCUUUCACUGCCAUCUGUAACAAUGGGACCUUUUUUCCACAUCAGAGGAAAUGCUCUCAUGUGAAAGUGGGAGACACAGUCUCCUUCAAUGUGACCAUAAGUCUGCCCACUUGUGAUAAAACCACCAGGUAUGUUGUGAUAAAACCAGUGGGUCUCAGUGACAUGCUGGAAAUGGAAAUCCUCCCUCAGUGCAGCUGCAGCUGCCAGGCCAAGGCUGAGAGGAACAGCUCGAAAUGCAACAAGGGGAAAGGCACUUUUGAGUGCGGAGUGUGCGUCUGCCACCCCGGGUACAUGGGUCCACACUGCGAGUGUGAUGAGAAUGCUCUCAGCACUGGAUCCUGCAAGGGCUCUGUGGAGCAGAGCUCCUGCAGCGGGAGAGGCAGCUGCUAUUGCGGGCAGUGUGUUUGCCACCCAUCCAUGUAUGGAAGAGUUUACGGAGCGCAUUGUGAGUGUGAUGACUUCUCGUGUGUGAGACACAGAGGGCUUCAGUGUGGAGGCAAUGGAGACUGUGACUGUGGCGAAUGCGUGUGCCACAGUGGGUGGACUGGUGAAUACUGUAAUUGCACAACUGACACCAGCUCCUGCAUUUCUGAGGAUGGAACGCUGUGCAGCGGGAGAGGUGAAUGCAUCUGCGGGUCGUGUGUGUGCAUUCAUCCAGGGGCCUCAGGCCAAACAUGUGAAAAAUGCCCACUGUGUGGUGACCCUUGCAGUUCCAGAAGGAGCUGUGUGGAAUGUCAUUUGGCUUCUGAUGACAAGCUGCAGGGAGAAUGCAAUGAAAAAUGCAAAUCAGUUGAUGCAACUGUCAGCACUGCAGAGGAUUUUUCAGAGGAUAAAUCCAUUCCUUGCUCUUUGCAGGGGGAAAAUGAAUGUAUAACCACUUUUCUUCUGGCUGAGGAUGAGCAGGGCAAGACAGUCAUACACAGCAUAAAGCAAAAAGAUUGCCCAGAGCUUCCAAAUAUCCCAAUGAUAAUGGUGGGCGUCACCCUUGCUAUCCUUCUCAUUGGCAUUGUGUUACUUUGUAUAUGGAAAUUGAUGGUGUCAGUUCAAGAUCGAAAAGAAGUGGCCAAGUUUGAAGCAGAAAAAUCAAAAGUUAAAUGGCAAACGGAAACAAACCCACUGUACAGAGGUUCAACAAGCACUUUCAAAAAUGUAACUUACAAGAACCAAGAAAAGCAAAAAGGGGCCAUGGCUGCAGAUUUCUAUUAGCACUUUGAACCCUAAAAACUUAGUUUUACUGUCGAGAAAUCUAAAAACACUAAUUUUUGUCUCUUCUCAGUUGAUUAUGUGCUCUUUGCACACUGCAGUAUAAUCAUUCUGUUAGAUAAAAUGUAUCUUGUGGUGGGAGAGCUAUAGAUAAUAAUAGUAGUAAAGGUUAAAGAAAUAUAUUUUUUACAAACUUUAAUAUUAAACAACUUCCAUUUCAGAAAAAAAAAAAUGGUAUCACCUAAUAUUUUAAAUUAGCUCAUUAAUACUGAGCUAUAUAUGACUUUGUUCAUCCACUGAAUCUGAUAUGUUUAUGUUUAGGAAUGUAUUUAUACCAGUCCGUUUGGUGGGCUGGCUUACAUUUAACAAGGUAAAUUUUUCAUAAAUGCUGCUUAAACUGUGGAGGUCAGUGGUUUCUCAUACUGACUCUGUAACUGAACAGGUUUUCAUCAGAAACAAACGAUGUGUGUUACGGCAUAACUUCCAUGUAUCUAAGGUAUAUAAAAAUACUCCUCCGAAGUUCUUCCUUUUUCUCCUACUUCCCUCUUUCCUUGACCUUGAAUUGGUUCUGUUUGAUGUGGUUUAAGAAUCAAACCCCUAAGAUUAUCUCAGGGAAAGCUAAAUCAAGCCCUAAUUGACUCACAUAAAUGCUCUCUGUCUAGGUAUGAAAGACUUUCCCCCCUCUUUCCUUUAAGUUUCAGUAUAGAGGAUCAAUAGCAAAAGAGAAAUAUUUGCAAAUUAGAGACAGCAAUAGAGAAGUUUUAGAUCAGAGGAUUUUUACCAUUCACUUCCUGAUUAGGCACUCAAAAUAAACUUCUCAUGCUGGACUAUUACAUGAACUCCUGCAUGGGCUCUUUACAUGCAUGGAAAGCUGAAGCACAAAGGCUUUGUAUCACAAAGACAGUAGUUUUUUGUUGAGAAACCCUAAACUGAGAGGUUCUUUCAAUGCCCAGCAGCCAAACCAUAUAUUGAUGUGUGAAAUAAUAUAUAUUCUACUCUUUGGGGCUUUUUUUUUUCAAACUAAGCAAUAGAUAGAUCAGUGAAUUCCACCUGCUAUUAAUUUCCAUGCCACUACUGAGGAUUUUUAAAUCUCACUUUUAACUCGGUACUAAUGACUCACCAUAACUUCUUAAAUUGUAAUGCUGGUAUCUUGACAUCAAGAAAAGAAGCCUCAACAACAUCAGCUAACCCAAUGGAUUAAAAAGUUACAGUUCUGGGCUAUUUUAGGCUAACAAUAGUGUAGUUUACUUUUUAAUAUCAUUUUUUUAAUGCUCUGGAAUAGAUGGUCAAAAUGCAUGUACUCAGAAGACUUAGAAAACAAAGAUACACUGGCACAGUCACAGAUGGUGAUGUACAUUCCCUGUGGUAAAUUAUGCAUUUGAUCUAAAAACUUGUUGUCCAUUUUGUAAUGAAUACUUACAACGUCUGUGCAACUUCAGUCUCUGUAUCAUCUACAAUCACUGGAUGUGAGACUGAUACUAUCAUGCCUGUUUUAGGGCCUGAUCCAAAUCCUAUUGGAAUCAGUGGCUACAGAUGAGGAUCUAGUUUCAGUGAAACUAUUAGUUUUGGUUUACAAUGAUUGUUUAGUUUAAACAAACCAGUUAAUACUGUCUAUUAGUGGGUUAGAACUCAUGGAACCUAUGUUUCUGUGCAAAGAGAAAUAAACAGUAUCUGAUGCCUUUGGGAAGAAGGUGCUGUGAUGAGCACGUAAGAAAUACAAAAUGAUUGCAGUAUGAAGGGAAUGAUGACUGUCAUCAAACUGGAACAGAUUAAUUACAGAUUACAUCUUUAUUUUUCAGUACUCUUGUGUAUCUCAAAAUGAAAAUGUACAUAGACAAAUUUUCCCUUGUUUUCUGCUUAUUACCUCUGUUUUCCCUUACUAUCUCCUGUUUCCAACCACUAAACUGCCAAAGAUAUUAGUGCAAGUUGCUAAAUCCUGCUUCCCUGAUACACAGAUAAACCCCUGGAGGCAAAGCUGGCCCCUGGGCUGUCUCAGAUUCUACUUGGGCCAGGAUUGCCCAAAGGAAUAGGGAAAUCCAGAUUUAGCCCAUGUGAAUAAUCUGUUACUCUUCUGUUUUUUAAGUAAAGACAUUGAAUGUCAAUAUUUUUCUGAAAGAAACUGACCUAGUAUUUUGUUGUUGUUGUUGUUGUUUUUACUUUUUAAAGUAUAACAAAAUCUUCACUGUUUAUUGAAUAUCUUUUAAGUUCUGUUUCUGAUAAAGUUCAUUCUGCAGCUCAGUGUGAGUGUUGAAAGCUCUUCUUCUGUAGGUCACCCAUUUCAACACUGAACUACUUUUCCAUAUUCAAACACUGUUAUCAAAGUAGUGUUCACAUUCCACACAAAAUGUCUGUUGGUCUGCAUUCUGUGUUUCUAUAAGAGAUUUCAUUUCUCUAAACUCUGCAGUCUGUUCACAUCACUUACAUCUUCUGAUUGUCAGCAAAGAUCCAAUUUGGGAGGGAGACAACAUUUACACUCCAGUUAAACCUCCUAGCAAUGUCUCUGCAAAUUAUACAGAAAUUGGGCAGCGUCUUCUGCAGUUUCCCUGCUGUGACCAAGAGUAGUACAAAUGUGCUGUGCCACUUUCAAAGCUGUCAGGAAGAAAAUAACUACAAUUAGAAGAGAGUAAAUAGAAUGACUUGGUGAGAAAGCCCUCUGCUACUGAGGAAUGAACCAAGCUUUUAACAGCGGUAAUUUAGAUCAUACAUUUUUACAAAAAAAAAAAAAAAAAAAAAAAAAAAAAAAAAAAAAAAUGCAAAACAAAAUCCCCACAAACAUAACUGGAUCUCAAGAUCGUAAUUGGCAUUCACUGUAGAAAUAUAGUGGUGUUCAUGUCUUUUUAUUAAUUAUAUUACUUUCAUCUUGCAGUAUGUGUAUAAAAGUUCACUUUUCUUUUUCUCCUUUUUAACUCCACCAAAUUACCAGUGGGUUGGUGUGUGGUGAGUGGGAUGAAAAUGUCUUUCUGCUGUUUUUACAAAUACUGUUUUGACCUGGGGGCUGGACCUUGAGGGUGGCCAAAACAUUUUUAAUAGGAAUUUUAUUAACUGAAGACUUAAACUAAAUAAUAACAAUAAUAAUAAAAAUAAAAAUAAUUAGCAAUUUUAUGGUAUUUGUGUGUCUUUUACAUCUUGUAGAAUGGUAUUUUCAUUAAUGUGUAUUGAAUUGAUGAUUUUUCAUUUGAUUUAUAUGUUAAUCUGUGUUGUAUCUGCCCAGACUGCAUUUAACCUUGGCCUAUAAUUAUAGCCAGUGGGUAAUGAGCCUGGCAUACAAGUGUGAGGUGUUAGCAUGUGGUACACUCUGUGUUGUCCACCAUCAUGCAGCAGUCCAAGUUUCUUUUGCAGUGGCCAUAAGGAAGUUACUGUCUGACAAAACAUAACACGCACAAUCUGAAAGUAAAAAGGAGAUAAUUCUUAUCUUGGUCUGUUUGCAAGAAACAGGUAAAUACCUCAACUUUCUGUAAAAGAAGGAUUACUGAACCUUC